AUGUCCUCUGAACACAGUGUGCCGGAAAACGUGAGGUUUGAGAUCGACGACGUGGACGAAGACUGGACAUACUCAAAACCAUUCGAUUAUAUCCACAGUCGGUUCAUGACAGGUGCCAUCAACAACUGGAGAAAGUUUUUCGGAUCCGCUUACGACAAUCUCAACCCCGGCGGGUGGUUCGAAGUCCAAGACGCCGACAUCAACCCACAGUCCGACGAUGACACCUUCCCCAAGGACUGCGCAUUAGCAGAAUACGUACAGCUCCUCCAAUCCGGCGCGGAAGCCGCCGGCUGCUCCGCUAGCAAAUCUCAUGACUGA